UUUUACGCACAUUCGGUCGAUUGUGGGACUUCGAGGAGACGAAAGGAGCUCCAAAAACCGUGUGCCAAAACAAAAAAUUCCCUCGUUCUUCCGGAAAAAUUAAAAAUUGUGACUUUCGCCAUCAUGGAGAUCGAAUUUCAUCAGGAUAUGGUGUUACCAAGUGCCAAAUACGAAUAUUUGGACCAUACUGCAGAUGUUCAGUUACACGCUUGGGGUGACGACCUCAAAGAGGCCUUUGAGCAAUGCGGCGUCGCCAUGUUCGGCUACAUGACAGAACUCGAGACGGUCGAUGUGAAAAAAUGCUAUCAAAUUGAGGCGCAAAGCGACGAUCUCGAAGGUCUCCUUUUCAAGUUCCUCGAUGAAUUGUUGUUCCUCUUUUCCGCAGAGCCCUUUUUAGUUUGUAAGAAAUUAGAAAUUACCUCGUUCGAUGUCACCAAAUUUCACAUUGUCUGUUCCUGUUACGGCGAACCUUUCGACUUGACGAGGCAUCCACAAGGUACGGAAGUCAAAGCAAUUACUUACUCCGCCAUGCAAAUUAUCCAGCCGACGGAGGAGAAGAAAAAAGCAGAAGUUUUUGUGAUUAUUGACAUUUAGGGCGCGCACUUAAUAAAGAAUUGACGGAAAAAUUUUAAAA